AUGCCUUUCAGGUCCAAUGCAUCUGCAGGCAGCGAGGGCAAUGGCGCUAAUAAGAACACACCUUCGUCCACAGGCAGAUCGAGGGUGACAAACGUCAAUAAUGAGGGAGAUCAUGGUGGUACAGACCCAGAGCCAAUCCCAGCCACCACGACUUUCCGAGCUGAUCCCGCAUCUGCAGCCCAGCUAGCGUCUUCCACCAGCACGUCCUCCCUGCAUACCUUUGCUUCUGCCCAGAGAGCAGUUCCUCCUUCGGCAUAUCAUGGCCAAAAUGACAAGCAAGGUGCGGCCGCGAGAAGGAGACAGUCGUCAAUCCCAAAAAUUCCCAUGGGCCCUCGGCCGAUGGAUUUCUCGACCGGCAAAAGGUCCGCCAGCAACUCGGCAGUCCCGCCAAACGCUGUUAGGGGCGCCUCCGCCGUCGCUUCCCAAGAUCCUUACACUCAUGAAUUCAGCAUCAAUGACAUUUCUCGCUUCAGUUUCGCAUCAAUAGCUCCUCAGCACCAUCAGCACCAUCACCACGACCGCGAAGACCUCCCCGAGUACGACAGCUUCCUAGAGCCCACCUUUAAUUUCGACGACUUUCACGAUCACAUCACGACUUCCGAGCCCAACCUCAGGGAUUUCCCUCUCCCUGGCGGUGUCCGAGGGAAGCCUGUAGCUGAAGAGCCCCUUCUGCCCAACUCUCAACCAUCAAAACAGUCCACACAGGGUGCGAUUCCAAUCCCUACCAGAAAACCAUCCAAUAGUACACAAUACACGACUCCUAUCAGUCGGAAGGCAUCUACUGCCUCAACGACGUCACGGAUCUCUAACAAAUCUGACUCGAUGCAAGGCCAAGGCAACCCAACCCACCAAACCCAGUCCAUCCUACGAGGACGUCGCCAGAGCCAAUUCCCUCCGAACGCAUUUAACAAUCCAAAUGCGAGCUCGACAAGUGGCUCCAAGGCGCCCCGAAAAUCGGUCGGUCCAGGGACUUUUGUUCCCCCGGAUACCAAGCCUGAGAAUGUGAAGCGUCGGCCCAGUGUUGGUGGCAGGAAAUCAAGUUCGGACAGCAAAACGGGCUUGUCGCUCCGUCUGGCAACCAAGAAGGGAGAUAACGCGACGGAAACUAAGUCCCCAAGGGCGCUUCGUGCAAAAUCAUUCAUCAGCGGAAAAAGUCUAAGCUCUAAUGACUUGUUGACGCCUUCGAGAAGUCCUGAAGGUAGCCGGCCGACCUCGUCCUAUGCCCCAAGUACCCCAAACCGACGCAGCGGCACGCCUGGUCGGACCACGACUCCUGGUACCAGCAAGAGAAUGUCUGUAAUGCCGAAUCAUGCUUCUGGCCUGGGGGCCCGUACUAUUAGCCCCACCGAUGCUAGAAGGCUAAAGCGCAUGUCUAUCGUGCCUCCCGCGCCUCCUCUCCCCCACAGCAGGAUAUCCCAGGCUCCUCCAACACCAACAGAGCCAAUGCCAAUGAGGCCGCGCUCAACUGUUCAAUCACCCGCUACUGGGAACCGUAAGAGCUUGACUCCCUCAUCGUCGAGGACUACUCCGGACCCAAACCGGAAGUCCUACAGCUCAGGUCAGUCGCUGUCAUCUGCUACGAGCUAUGCUUCCUCCGUCCGCAAUUCGGCAUCUUUGAGUGCCAGGCUGUCACAAAAUUUGAAUUCGUCCCGUUUACCAACCCCGAAACCGCGUAUUGAUCUAUCAGGUGCAGCACCGAUCGAUGCCGAAGUUCCACCAGUCCCGGCCAUACCAAAAGCAUACGAGUCUCCUAGCAGCGAGUUCGAUCAGCCAUUUUUCUCAGCACGAUCGUCCAGCCUUCCUCCAUUUGACUCGCCCAUCACAGGCAGUCCACAUGUCACCAAUUUUGAGACAGCUAUGAAGGCUUUGGAGACUCCCCGUGCACCCAGCCCGUCUUCUAGAAUCUCACCCAAUCUCCCGAUCCCGGAACCUGAACUCCGGCAGAAGCCACCUCCUAAGAACUCGAAGAAGAGCAAUCCAUCGCUCCGCUUGCCGCCACUCACUCUACUUCCGCUAAGCACGCCCACUGCUGCCAAGAUCAAGGCUUUCAAAGAAUCUAGAGCUGAGGCUGCUGAUGCUCCAUCUACGCCACCACCUCUUCGCAACACGAAGACGCCGAGCACCCCAAUGACGGCAUCAAAGGCGAGCUUCUUCACGAGGAAUCAUCGGGCAGCGGAAGAGAGUAUCAUGAGAAGCAGCACUUCGCACCAUGCGCUUCGGCCUGAUCCACUGCUGUCUCCACAGGAUGAAAGCCCAAGUCUACCGGUCUUUAGUUUCGAGUCGGGUUCGGUCCAUGAUCGGGGUAUUUCGCCCUUCGUAUCAUCUUCUUUGCCAAAGAACGAUGAUCUUGCAAACUAUAUGCGGCCUAAUUUUAACACGGAGCUCAAUAGAACUGUGCAGCCAAAGUCCAAGCCAAAUGGGCCGCGUGCGCCGAGUUUCUCUGUGACACCGAAGAUGUCUUCUGAGCCCUCUCCAGUUGAGAAAUCGGAAUCGGAAUCCACUGGAUAUCUCCGCAAGAAGCUCACCAAGAAGAGACCCGACGCAAAGGCAGAGGAGAAAGUUGUGGAGCAGGAUGUCGGCAAGUACGACAACAUGCCACCACCAAAAUUGCCAGCUUCCGCCACGUGGUCAAACAAUCUCUCAACGGCAUCAAGUCCCGUUCUGAUUCAGAAGCCUACUACCUAUCUUCGUUCGCGCCGCCAGACAUCGGAUUCGAGUAACACUUUCCACUCUCAACGCCAAGAAAGCAUUGAUAGCAACAUCACCCAUGUGUCAGGAGCUCGACCUUCAAUGGAAUCUGUGCGGUCUUUCAUGCAACACUCCAACCGCUCUGGAUCACUUUCCAGCGCUGUGCCUCAGCAAAAGCCUACUCCGAAGGCCCAGCCUCAGCCUCAGCCUCAGCCUCCGACCCCGGUGCAAGAACCCCCUCUUGAUCGUGACGACAUGAUUGCUGAAGAUGAGAUGAAAAAGCUUGCAUCGAAACGUAGAGACUUUGAAUCGGCGGCGCGCGAGCUUGAUGCACUGAGGAAGCGUGCCUGCCCAGCCAAACGGAUGUCAGCAAACACUGCAUCCCAGCUCCACAACCUCAACAUCUUCGAGAGGGGCGAGAUUGUCGACUAUCCCGAUAUCUACUUCUGCGGUACGCCACGGUCUCGGAAAAUUGUUGGCGAUCCGGCCAACACUGCAACAAACUUUGGCUAUGACGAUGACCGAGGUGACUACAACAUUGUUGAGGGCGAUCACCUGGCUUAUCGCUACGAAGUCGUUGACCUACUAGGCAAGGGCAGUUUCGGUCAAGUCGUACGGUGCAUCGACCACAAGACGGGAAUUUUGGUGGCGGUCAAGAUCAUCCGGAACAAGAAGCGCUUCCACCAGCAAGCACUGGUUGAGGUUAACAUUCUUCAAAAGCUCAAAGAAUGGGACCCGCAUAAAAAGCACAGUGUUGUGAGUUUCGAUCAGAGUUUCUACUUCCGGGGUCACCUUUGCAUCUCAACCGAUCUACUGGGUAUGAACUUAUACGAGUUCAUUAAAGCGCACGACUUCCGUGGCUUCUCCUUGAAGCUGAUUCGCCGCUUUACGAAGCAAAUGCUCAACAGCUUGAUACUCUUGCAGAAACACAAGGUCAUUCAUUGCGACUUGAAGCCUGAAAAUAUCCUCCUGGCGCAUCCGGUCCAUUCAGAGAUCAAGGUGAUCGAUUUUGGGUCCAGUUGCUUUGAAAAUGAAAAGGUGUACACCUACAUCCAGUCUCGCUUCUACCGAUCUCCAGAAGUCAUUCUCGGCAUGUCUUAUGGCAUGCCAAUUGAUAUGUGGUCGAUCGGUUGCAUCUUGGCUGAGCUUUUCACUGGCUAUCCUAUCUUCCCUGGUGAGAACGAGCAAGAACAGCUGGCUUGUAUCAUGGAAGUCUUUGGCCCACCUGAGAAACACCUGAUCGAGAAAAGCAGCCGAAAGAAGCUGUUCUUUGAUUCGAUGGGCAAGCCCCGGUUGACUGUCUCAAGCAAGGGCAGGCGGCGACGACCCAGUUCCAAAGAUCUCAGACAAGCUCUGAAGUGUGAUGAUGAGGCGUUUCUGGACUUUAUUACAAGAUGCCUACGAUGGGAUCCUGCUCGACGAAUGCAACCUCACGAAGCACUCCGACAUGAGUUUGUCACCGGAGUCAAGAUGACCUCUGCCAGUCGUCGGAACCUGUCUAGUGCGGUAAACUCUCCCAUCAAGAGAAUGAACUCAACAACUGCUCCUAAUGGGACUCGACCGUUGCCGCAGCCACCGUCUUCUACAUUGAAAGUAGUCACCAGCCGCCAAGAACCAGCCACCUCGCCGAGUAAGAGCGCGCCUCGACGGCAAUCGACGGCCACGAAUUUGCAGACAGGAGCUCAGAGGAGCAGUGCGACCCUGCCGAGGGUAGCAACAUUGGCGCAGCAAGGUCGCAGCAGACCUGACCUUGCCACGGCGGCUGCACAAGCCAGCCUUGUGAAAUAG